AUGAACAUGGAAGCCAAGAACGGCACCCCGGUCCCCAUGGACGGCGAUCGCGAUUCCGCCGAUAUCACUGAAUAUUCGGAGCCACUGGACUCCGGCAGAGAGAAGUCUAAUGGCAAUGUGAAGGCCGAAAAUCGCAAAGCUGCGAAUGCUAAAGAUCCAUCGCGACCGCGGCGGAAAAAGGCCCGCCGAGCUUGUUUCGCCUGUCAGCGAGCUCAUUUGACGUGCGGCGACGAGCGACCAUGUCAGCGCUGCAUUAAGCGGGGUCUACAAGAGGCUUGUCAUGAUGGUGUUCGUAAAAAGGCCAAGUAUCUGCACGAUGCCCCGGACGGAGCAUUGAUGCCCGGAGUACCGCCCGCGAACUUCUAUCCUAACAACACUCCCAUGCGAAGUAGUUUGCCCUUGUCUAGGAAUGGCAGCAGCACGAACACUGUGCAGCAGCAACAGUCCCAGCCGCAGCAGCAGCCGCAGCAAGCAAACAACAAUUUCUACCCCACGCCACAGCCACAACCCCAGUCGCAGGGCUCCUACAACAUGUACCAAGAAACGGCCAUGGGUCAAAGUCCUUUUACCACUCAAUCACCUGUUUCACCUACGUACAACCUCAAGACCAGUCAGAAUGGUCGCAACCCAAGCUUAUCAUCCACUGUGAACCAACAACCCCCCAAUACCGCCCUCUCCGGAGAGACUUCCCAACCAGCAAAUCCGUUCGCGGGGCCAUUUUUCGACCCCAGCGACCCUGCUCUUUUCAACUUUGAUUUGUCCAGCAUGAAUUUUGAAAAUCGCUACGGUGCUCUUGAAUUUGGGAUGCUGGGACACAUGGCGACCGGGGCUGGAGAUUCGCCUACUGAGUCAGGCACACAGCGAGGGUCGCUGGGCCGCAGUGGAUCGGCGCAGUUCUCCACGCCAGCUCCUGGAUAUGGUGAAAGUCCGGGGAAUCAGCCUUUCAUGUUUGGCGAUCCCUUGCUGAAUGAGUGGUCAACGGGACAGGCCUCGGGCCAGCCGCAUGUGAACGUCGGCGGCGUGUAUGGUCAGAAUGGCAUGCUUCCGGGACACAUGAAAGCAGAUGGACCACAUGCUUUCGCUAUUGAAAGUGGCCCUGCGAACUUCACCAGCCCUGGAUCAGCGAGUAGUCCACACGUGGCUACCUCUACUUUUGACGAUGGGACAUUCAACGCGGGUGCCAAGUCCAACAGUCUUGCGCCCAACGGACAGCGACCGAUGAUCACUACACCUAGCUUGAAGCACCAACAAUUACAUGUCGGGCCCAAGCGACGUCAUCGUAAUCCGUCGUCGAUAUACGAAAGUGUCAAAGAACCGUAUGCUUAUACGAGUGGUUUCCACAAUCUCACUGCCUUCAUCCAGCGUCGCUUCUCACCACAGAAGACCGUGCGUAUCGCCAAGUCUUUGGCAUCUAUCCGACCCUCUUUCAUUGCGACCACCAAGACCCUUAAUCGAGAUGAUUUGAUUUUUAUGGAGAAAUGCUUCCAACGAACCCUUUGGGAAUACGAGGACUUCAUCAAUGCCUGUGGCACGCCCACAAUUGUCUGCCGACGGACGGGAGAAAUUGCCGCCGUUGGGAAGGAGUUUAGCAUUUUGACAGGAUGGAAGAAAGAUGUCUUGUUAGGCAAAGAGGCCAAUUUGAAUGUCAACACUGGCGGUACAGGACAGCCGCAAUCCGGCACAAGCUCACGUGGUAGCUACACACCCCGUGGCUCGACGCUAGAGAACACCAACGGUCGACCCCAACCAGUCUUCCUGGCAGAGCUUCUUGACGAUGAUAGCGUUGUAGAGUUUUAUGAAGAUUUUGCGCGCCUAGCAUUCGGUGAUUCUCGGGGCAGUGUAAUGACUCGCUGCAAGCUCCUCAAGUAUAAAACCAAGGAAGACAUGGAGGUGGCGCAGGAAGACAACGGAAAGUGGAACAACCACCUACGCAAAGGUGGCAUUGCCGGUGAGGCUGGCAUGAACCAGCUUGGGUUCAAGGACGGCAAAGUCGAGUGCGCGUACUGCUGGACAGUUAAGCGAGAUGUGUUCGACAUUCCAAUGCUUAUCGUGAUGAAUUUCUUGCCCUGUAUUUGA